CAAGCAAUUCUCUUUUCUUGCGAAUAACUUAUUAGCCACAAUGGUCAAUUAUCAAAAUUAAAAAAUUCUGAAUUCCUCUUUAAUUAGUUAUUCAUGCAAGUGGAAAACAGGUGUAGAACUUUUGAAUAUAUAUAAUGACCUCUUCUCUAUUGUAUAUAUUUAAAUUUCCAGCGUUGAUUUGCAUAAGCCACGGAACGAAAUAUUUCAGAUUUGCAUUCGUUAUAAGAAAUAUCAAAUACAAAAGAUAGAUCAAGAUACUUUUGAUAAAAAGUUUGAUAUCAGCAAAGAAAGAAAAGAAGAAAUUGAAAAAAGUGAAUUGCAAAAAUACAUGAUUUAUGUGUAAUUUAGGAACAAGCAGGACUCUCAUCAGCGCGAGGAGUUCAGGGUUAAAGUUGAAAUGAUUUCGUCAUUUCGACUUCAUGUAAAAAAAUCCGGCAAACUGCACCGCGCAUAUUUCUCGCGAUUGCGAAGCCACGUAUUCAGCAGAAAUUCUUAUGAUCGGCGGAUUAAUCUCGGGUCGACAGGGCUAUCGGGCUGUGACGCUUUUUUUUUUACACAUGCAGCUUCGACACGGCGAACGUCAAUCUUUCAGUGCUGGCCGAAACGCUCGCUGGUGAUCUUCGCGAAGGGUUCCCGUCGUCGUCGCCGUAAACGAUCGGUGUAUCUCUCACAAGAAGACGUGAUCUACGCGAAGAUCGCCUUCCGAACGUAAAGCGAACGCACUCCCUGAGAAUCUUGCCAAGAUGUCGCAGAUAUCAGGAAUCAUAGAGGAACAGAAUGUGCUGAAGGAUGUGUUGAAGGGGAAACCGACUCUCGUCAGACGUGUCUCCGAUAUGUUCAAGGACGGGACCUACAGCGGGCCGCCGAUGCUGUUCCGAAACGCGUCGAUGCAGAAGAUCCGCCAUUGCUGUCAGAAUCUCAAUCUGCUGCCGUAUCUCCUGUACUCCUUCGACAACUCCAAGUCGCACCCGAUAUCGCGCAAGGUGCACGUCCACUUCAGUCGCUUCCUGCGCGACACCAUCCUCAGCUUGCUCAUCGCCUAUGAGAAUCUGCGCCAAGCGAUAUUGUACGAUUUUUACAAGCAAAAGUCCAUCAGUACACAACAGCCAGAAGCGAUCGCGGAACCUGCGACCCAAAUCGCCGACUUUGCCAGCUCGGCCGCGAAAUUCGACUCCUUUGAGAGGCCGAAGAGCCGCAAGCGACACCCCUUCUUCCUGGUCGUCGCCGUGUACCUCGUGCCGUUGCUGUUAGCCUUCCAGGUGGUCACCCUGUGUAACCUGACGAUCUUCGGCAAGUACACCCCGGGCUUCAUCUUCCUGAUCACCGCGCUGCUCUUCCUCGGCGGCAUCGCGCUCAAGAUACUCUUGCACGAAGCCGCGAUUCACAAGAUCAACAAAUACGAAAGGAAGAAACUCAAGUGAUGCAGUCGUCUUCCCUCGUCUCGCUGUGUCGCUGUUUGCCAGACGCUUCGUCGUCUACAGACAGCAGAGAAGCCGAGAGAGAAUCUUGGUUUACCGAAUCGAACUCUUUCCACUCGAGCUUCCGUGUACGACGGACGCUCACAUAGUACUGACUUUUGCUGUUCGCGCUGUCGCCACAUAUGUUAACACAUACACGCAGACAGACAUGAUGGUUAAAUAACCGGUCAACAGUCUCUUCCACUUACCUUAAUGUAGUUCUUUUAGAUUCCCACUUUUAUACAGUGAUUCCGGUGACGGAUUACGCGCAUAUACACACUGAGAGGAAAAACAUAUCCAGAUAAUAAAGAGAUAUUUGUAUUCGGUGGGUACUAUUAACAUAUACUUACUUAUAUCGAUAUACAUAUUUUUACACAGAGUAAAAAAAUCUUUCCAAGUCGUAAUCUUAUAACCGUAGCUACCUUCAUAAGAGCAUCUGUUGAUUCUAUUAAAAUGAAAGAAUCUAGAUUUAAGUAAAUAUGUCAUCAGUAUCCACCGAAUAAAUAUUUGUUAUCUCUUUGA